CGAUGGCCGACAACAAUCGAGGAGGAUCGACGACUAAUGAAAUAACAUACUAUUUAAACAUUGAAAAUGCCAAAAUCUUAGCAUUUUGUCUAGUUUGUGGGUUUGUUAUGUAUCAUGGGGUACUGCAUCUUAAGUAUGGCAAUGACUCCUGUAAGUGGCUAUUAAGUGAUGGGCGUUUCCCAGGGUAUAAUACAUGGCAGCCAUAUGGAUGUAUGAUGCAUAAAUACACAAAAGUACAUGCACGGCGAUGUAUGCAUUAUAUUUACUAUUGGGGAGAACAGAAUCAUAUCACAUUCCUAGGAGAUUCUCGAAUUCGACAGCUUUAUUUUGAGUUUGUAAAUCUUCUGAUAUAUAAGGUAGAGGAACAUGUAGCUCACCAUGAUCUUCACUUUGAGGACAAGAAAAUAAGCGUCACAGCUGACUUUUUGUGGCAUCCUAUGGUGAACUCCUCCAUGUAUGAUGUGUAUAAGAACUGGUUAAUGGCAGAGAAAAAUUCCAGACCAAAUCUCCUGAUCACAGGCAGUGGGACGUGGAGCAUUAAACAGUUCAAUGCAUCAGAAGAGGCUGUGAAGAGCUUUGAAUUGAACCUGACCAUGAUCCUGCCUUACAUCUUGAAGUUGAAAGAUAGCACUCAAAUUAUAUGGAUGUUGCAAGAUCCUGUAGAUGAAUCCAAGCUCUACCUGAACAGGUCAAUGAUCACCAAUCAACAAGUGGACGCUUACAACAAAGUAGCCAUUGAUAUACUUGGCGGGAGUGAAGCCAAGUUAUGGAGCUCCUCCCGACUGGUGGCCCAGGGAAUACAUGACAACUCUCUCCUGGAUGGCCUUCAUAUGUCGAAAAAUGCUCUGGAACUUGAUAUCCAGAUGUUGAUGAACAUGUACUGUAAUGAUCAUAUGAACCACAAGGACGGAACAUGUUGUCGGGUGCCUGAUUCUGUGACCUCUAUACAGAUUAUCACAGCGUCUUUCUUCCUGGUGUGUCUCCUGUCAGCGAUAGCCAUGUUCUUGUACAGAAGGAGAAUCCGACGCAAUGGCAGUAAAGCCAGGGCAGAUAGUGGUAUUCGGAAUGGCAGGUCAUUCGUUACACCCUCAGAGAAAGCCUGGCCGGACACGGUGUAUGAGAUCAUGGUGUGUUUGGGCAAACUGGGACUGAUCAUGACAUACGCAUUUCUCUGUGACAGGACUAAUUUCUUCAUGAAGGAGAACAAGUACUACACCCACGUUAAUUUCCUCUUGCCGUUUGCGUACCUUAUGAUCUUGGGCUUCUUUUUCACUGAGAACACAGACCAGACCAAAGUUUUACACCGAGAUCAGACAGAUGAAUGGAAGGGCUGGAUGCAGCUAAUGAUAAUGAUCUACCAUUUGACUGGAGCCAGCAAGGUGUUACCCAUCUACAUGCAUAUCCGAGUGCUGGUGUCAGCCUACCUGUUUCUGACGGGCUACGGACAUUUCUCCUAUUUCUGGAACAAAGCUGACUAUAGUGUCCAAAGAUACUGUCAGCAUAGUUGUUAUGUACGAUGUUGUGGCUGGUAUGACUUCAGAUAUUAUGUGGAAGUGAUGUUCCGGUUAAAUUUUCUGGUUGUGGUGCUGUGUUUUGUGAUGAACCGCCCUUACCAGUUCUAUUACUUUGUACCGCUGGUUUCCUUUUGGUUUACCAUAGUUUACUUAACCAUGGCGAUAUGGCCAAGAAUUUCAGCAGCUUCUAGUGAUACAAGCAACUUACAUUACCUGUAUAUGAUAAUUAAAUUGAUCAUCCUGACCACUGUGAUAACUCUCUUCUUUAUGUCAGAGGUUUUAUUUGAGAAAGUAUUUUUGAUGAGGCCAAUUAAAGCCCUGUUUGUUCGUUCAGAUGAUUCCUUACAUGAGUGGAGGUUUAGAUGGACAUUAGAUAGAUAUAGUGUAGUGUAUGGGAUGGUGUUUGCGUUUGGCUACCACUUGCUACUGAAGAAAGGAGUGAUAUCAGACAAUCACACAAACUCUCUCUUCUCUACCAGCGUCUCCCUGUGUCUCACCUUCCUAGGAUUCUUAGGAUUAGGGAGUUAUGCCAUUUUUUCAUUCCUGUGUAAGAACAAAACCGAGUGUAAUGAUACUCACUCCUACCUAGUAGCUCUACCUUUAUUCUCCUAUGUGAUAGUCAGGAAUGUCCUAGGCUGGGUGCGGACCAGAUAUAGUUCAUUCUUUGCCUGGUUUGGCAAAAUAUCUUUAGAGUUGUUUAUAGCACAGUACCAUAUAUGGCUAGCAGCUGACACUUAUGGAGUUUUAGUGUUGAUGCCCUCGUAUCCAGUAUUAAAUGUGAUAGUGACAUCUUUUAUAUUUAUUUGUGCUAGCCAUGAAAUUUCAAAAAUAACUGGGACCUUAACAAAUUACUUAGUGCCAAAAGAAGGGAAGGCAUUGUUAAGAAACGCUAUUAUAUUCUUUAUGAUUAUGCUUCCAUUAUCUGUAACAAAAGGUGUUCUUCCGUUCUAGGAAGUGUAUUUUGCUCCUUACUCUGAAAGCAAGGGAUAUUAAUUUUGGUUGAUCCAUUUGUUCGUUUGUCUUUCUGUCUGUGUAUAACACUUAGUUUGUAGAUGACAUCUCUGAAGUCUUAUGAUAACUCUGAAUUAAUAAAAUAAUACCCAUAUUAAAAUAUGGAUUCACAUCAAAGGUCAAUGUCAGAAAUUCAUGUUUUUACAUAAAAUGGUUUCCAAGAUGAUAUUUUUUUUAAUUUUUGUAAUGAAUAGGCAAAGACUUUUUCCAACGUAGUAAGACUCUCAAUUGAUUUCAGAGUUAAAGGUGAAGGGCCAAGGUCACAGUUUCACACCAAGUAUUCUUUAAUUUCCACAUGAUAUGUAUAAAAACUAAUCAACUUUUGACAUAAAAUUUUGUAUUACCAGGUAUACUUUCUCAUAACUUUAAAAAAAAACUAUUGUUUUGGAGGACAAAAGAUCAAAAACCAAGGUCAGAGAUUUAUAAGUUGCCUAAAAUGGUUUUCAGAAAAAAAAGGAUUUGAUCUUUUUCAGUGAAAUAUAAAGUGUUGUUCUCUCAAACCGUAGGACCCUUUUGAUUUUUUGGUCACAAAUUCCCUUAUGGCAUGAAAUGAUUUCAAAAUUCACUUCAAUACUUUCAAAUCCUCAAACAUGGCCCCUAUUGAUUUUUAGGUAAAAAGGUCAAAUGUCAAGAUCUCAAACAACAUGUAUAAUUGUUACAAAAUAUACACAUGUAAUAUUUCAUGUAAUUUUUUUUAAAUCAAGGGAUGUAAAUUGCCUGAAUGAGCUUGAUUAUUGCAUUUAUAUAACUGUAUUGUAGAAAUAUGUUACACAGGACUCCUUUGUGUAAUAAUAUUAAUGUAUUUUAUUUAUAAAAAGUGUAUUUUGUUAAAAAUGUGCUUAUUUAUUUUCAUUUAUAUAUAUGAUGUAGAGUUGUAGAUUAAUAUUAAUGUUACCCAUUUAAAUGUUUAUGGACUUUCCUUUUAAUUUUCUAUUCAUUAAAUUUUUGUAUGCUCAACAAUAAUUACAUACAUGUAAUGUUUUAUUAUUGUAUCAAGGGGGUACUGUGAGCAUCAAGAUUCUGUGUGCUCAAAAUAAUCACAUUCUUGCAAUGUUUUAUAUUGUAUUGAAAGGGUUCUGUUGGGCCCUUUUCAAGUCAAAACCAGUAAUACUGUUAUGAAGUGUUCACUGUUUGAAGUACCUGUACAUAAAUACUUGUAACUAAAUGUAGCUAGUUUUGUGUUUAUAAAUUGUGAAACAUUUACCUAAUUGUUGUGUGUGAAGCUCAACCAAAACCCAAAAUCCUAAAGGAUUUACCAGUACAGUUUAUAUUUGUACAUGUAUUCGUGUGUUUGAAAAUUGUUUAAAGUUACGUAAUUUGAAAAUGAACUAUCGCUUUGUAUCCAUCUUAAUACGACUUUCCUCCAUGAAAAAUUCAUCUUUUAACUUCUCACUAGACAUACAUGUAUUUUUUGUUCUCUUUUUCUAUAGAGACUUUUUCUUUUGUUAAACUGUACAUGUUUGAAUAUAUGAAUUGAAUUUUGUAAACAAUUUUAUUGUCAUGAAUACAAUUUACAAUGUAUCUUCAUUUCCACUGCCCAUAAUUAAAUACAAGUACUGGUGUAUAUGUAUUGUAUGGAACUUUAUUGAGGUUAUUAUGACCUUAUGGAACAUAAGACUAAACAUUAUUUCAAGGCAUUAUUUUAAACAUUAUUCCAUUGUCUUAAUGUGUCAUAAGGUAAAGUUGAAAUUAAAAAUAAAAAACUCAAAUAAAGUGCAA